AGUGUCAGAACUAGGAUGACAAGGAGGAUAACUUCGUGAGCACCCAUCCCGCGCCCUCUUUGACGAGUCCGGCGGGCGCCGCCUCCUGCGCCGUGCAAAGAGCCGGGCUGGCGGCAGGAAGCGGGCGGGAGGCCGCCGGUCCUCGCGAGGCCGAUUUCCUCCGGGGCGGCCCUGGGCGAUCUCUGGACUCGCAGACCCGCCUCGGUCGAGCACGAUCUCUCCCCCAGCCCGUGCCGCUCAACCCACCCACUUACUUCCUUCGAUCGCGCGCGCCCUCGUGUACACACACACACACACACACACACACACACACACACACACACUCAGAGCUGCCAAAAAUUUCCAACCUCCGCCCCCCUCCUGAGCUGACUUCCUUCCAGCGCUUCCUGAGCUGGACGAUCCUGGGAUUUGUAAGACAGGAAAAAAGGGACGGCGCGAGGGCGGGCGAGGGGACGGGAUGCUUGCUGUUCGCGGUCCCCAAGCGGUCUGAAGAGAGAACGCGGGCCUAGGGCGGAGCACACUCACUGCCCCGGGGCGGUCCCCUCGCCGCCGCGCCCCGGCCCCUGCUCCUCGCAAGGCUCAGCGGAGAAGCGCGGGGGAGACGCCGCGGGAGCCCGAGGAGGGAGGUGACACCCGCCCUGGGCGGUGCACGACCCGAUCUGCUCUCCCAUGCCGACCCGCGGCGCGGCUCUGCCCCGGUGACCCGACCCCGAAACCCUCGUCAGCGGUGCGGAGCAGAGAGCGGAGACGGAGGGUCAGCCUCUGUGGGACUAACUCAUGAAGAACAAGGGUGCCAAGCAGAAGCUGAAACGAAAGGGAGCCGCCAGUGCGUUUGGAUGUGACCUGACAGAGUAUCUGGAGAGUUCGGGACAGGAUGUUCCAUAUGUACUGAAGAGCUGUGCCGAAUUUAUAGAGACUCACGGCAUUGUGGAUGGAAUCUACCGUCUCUCGGGCGUCACCUCAAACAUCCAGCGGCUAAGGCAAGAGUUCGGCUCAGAUCAAUGUCCAGAUCUGACAAGGGAAGUGUACCUCCAAGACAUCCACUGUGUGGGCUCCCUGUGCAAGCUGUACUUCAGGGAGCUGCCCAACCCCCUCCUGACCUACGAGCUCUAUGAGAAAUUCACGGAAGCAGUGUCUCAUAGCCCGGAAGAGGGCCAACUGGCCCGAAUCCAGAAUGUUAUCCAGGAGCUCCCCCCGCCCCAUUAUAGGACCUUGGAAUACCUGAUCCGACACCUGGCCCACAUCGCCUCAUUCAGCAGCAAGACCAACAUGCACGCCAGGAACCUGGCCCUGGUGUGGGCCCCGAACCUCCUCAGGUGUAAAAAAAUCGAAGCUACUAUUUGCAACGGAGACGCAGCCUUUCUGGCAGUCCGGGUCCAGCAGGUGGUGAUUGAAUUCAUACUGAAUCAUGCGGACCAAAUCUUCAACAGUGGUGCUCCAGGGCCUCUGCAGCAGGAUGAAAGCCGUGUCAUCACCAAAAGCCUGACCUUGCCAGCCCUGUCCCUGCCCAUGAAGUUGGUAAGCCUGGAGGAGGCUCAGGCCCGAAGCCUGGCCACAAACCACCCUGCUCGAAAGGAAAGAAGAGAGAACAGCCUGCCUGAGAUCGUCCCUCCCAUGGGCACCCUCUUCCACACGGUCCUUGAGUUACCAGACAGCAAGAGAAAGCUUUCCAGUAAAUCAAAGAAAUGGAAAUCAAUAUUUCACCUGGGGCGUUCUGGGUCGGACUCGAAAUCCAAGCUGAGCAGAAAUGGGAGUGUGUUCGUGAGGGGGCAGAGGCUCUCAGUGGAAAAAGCUACUAUCCGACCAGCUAAAAGCAUGGACUCACUGUGUUCCGUGCCUGUAGAAGGGAAAGAAAGCAAAGGAAAUUUCAAUCGAACGGUCACCACUGGUGGAUUUUUCAUUCCAGCCACAAAAAUGCACGCGGGCAGCGCCGGCAGCUCCUGCGACCUCAGCAAGGAGAGCGAAUGGGGUCAGGAGGGGAUGCCGGCUGGGGCUGAGGGGGGCUGUGAGGUGGGCGGUCAGAUCCGACCCCUACCUGAGCAGCUGAAGGUGUUCCGCCCCAUCGGAGACCCUGAGAGCGAGCAGUCGGCCCCCAAGCUUCUGGGGAUGUUCUAUACCUCCAGCGACAGUCCCGGCAAAUCCGUCUUCACCAGCAGCCUGUUCCAGAUGGAGCCCUCACCGCGCCACCAGCGAAAGGCGCUCAACAUCUCCGAGCCCUUCGCUGUGUCGGUGCCACUGCGCGUGUCCGCUGUCAUCAGUACCAACAGCACCCCGUGCAGAACGCCCCCCAAAGAGCUGCAGUCUCUCUCCAGCCUGGAAGAGUUUUCUUUCCAAGGUUCAGAAAGUGGAGGAUGGCCAGAAGAAGAGAAGCCCCUGGGAGCUGAGUCUCUUCCAGCUUCUGUGGCUAAGAAGGCAGCUCCCGAGGACACGGUGCCAGAACCCGAAGCCCUGGUUACAGCAGAAGGUAGCCAAGGCCCUCCCCUCGACCCAGGUACCCAAGUGGAGAAGAAAACCUUGGAAAUAUCCCUGGGCUCUCAACUUUCAAGGGACCCAGAGAAGACGCCAAAUGCCGAGAAGGUGGUGGAGGAGAGCCAGGGGGCUGACCAGCUGAGAAACACGGCUCCACCAGAAGGCCUCAGGGCCAGGACGGAAGCAAUGCUUCUCCACGAGAUGGAUGAAGAUGACCUAGCUCACACCCUGAUCUGGCCUGAGAUUCAACAGGAACUGAAAAUCAUUGAAUCAGAGGAGGAGCUCUCCUCUUUGCCACCCCCUGAUCAGAAGAGAAGUCCAAUAACUGAGACAGAUCCAGCCCCAUUUCCCUUCCCAGAGGCCUCUGUGAGUUCGCCCUGUAGCUCUACACCUCUGCAAGUGUGGACAAGGGACUCAGCCAAUCAGAACACACAGGAGGCUGCCAUCCUCGCCAAUAGAGAGAAAUUGGAGCCAGUUGGCAGCAUCCCUGGGUCAGAGUCUGAGCAGGUGCUCAGCCCGGACCCAGCCGGUCUGGCACCUCUGCAAUUACUUCUGUUUGAGAAGGUGUCUUCUCCAGCUAGGACAGACACAGGAGGCCCAAGAAAUCUCUCUCCUCCACUUCCUCCUGCUCCUCCCCCUCCAACACCUCUGGAGGAGGAGCCUCGAGUCUUGCUGUCAAAGGAAAACCCUGACAGAGACAAAUCAUCCGUGGAUUCCAGGACAGAUGCCUACACAGAGCAGCCAAAACCCAGAGACAAUCCUGGCGUCCCUAGCCUCUGUCAGAGAGAAGAGGCCGUUGCCAGCUCCAACGAGAAGCAAAACGCCAAGUGCGCUGUUCCGAGCCCAGCACAGGAGGUCGAAGUCUCCCCUCCAGAAGAGGGGGAUGCACCCCACGCAGCACAGGAGCCUUCAGACUGUGAUGACGACGACACGGGGACAGACACUGCUCAGCACGGCCUGGAGAUGGUAGAACCCUGGGAGGAGCCCCAGUGGGUGACCAGUCCCCUUCAUUCUCCCACCCUGAAAGAAGUGCAGGAGUCGCAGGUGCAGUGCGCCCAGGCCCACCGACUGGAGAGGAGACUUUGCCACAGGCCCAGCCUUCGCCAGAGCCGCUCGCUGGAUAGCAAAAGCACUGGUCAGAGUCACUGGACUCUCGAGAUUUCCUUCUCCAGCAGCUGUGCCGACCUUGAAACGGAGAGGAAUUAUGAGUCUCUGCAGCCCCCCAUGGCCAGGAGCAAGAUUGCUGGGUGGGAGGAAAAAGCCCUGAAAGCCUUCAGAGAGUUCUCUGGCCUGAAAGGGUUAGAGGCUCUUCCCAGCCAGAAGGGACUGUCUGGUGUACCGCCCAAACCAGUGGAAACCAACUUCAGCAGUCUGGAAGAGGGAAAGGAGCAGGAAUCAGAGCAAGGACUCAGCAACCGUCAGAUGGAACACAGUCAUGUCCCCGGGCCUGAGAGCAGCACAGAACGUUCACCUACGGCUCCAGACAGCACCUUGCCUGGGGAGCACCCCCUAAAGCUACAGCUUAAGAGCACUGAGUAUGUACCUUCCAAAGGGAAACACAGGCCUUCCUCCCUCAACUUGGACUCUGCCACGCCCAUCGCUGACCUCUUCCGACUUGAGAACGGGGCUUCAUUUAGUUCACCUGGCAUAGAACUCUCUGAACUAGGAGACGCCAAGGUUUCCUGGGUGACCUCCUCUCACUGUCAAGCAGCCCCCUGGAACCCCCAGGACACUCAGGACCUGAACAUUGUUGCCCAUGCUCUGACAGGCCGUCGGAACUCAGCUCCUGUGAGCGUGUCAGCUGUAAGAACCUCCUUCAUGAUCAAAAUGUGUCAGGCCAAGGCUGUCCCUGUGAUCCCACCCAAGAUUCAGUACACGCAGAUCCCACAGCCCCUGCCCUCUCAGAACACAGGGGAAGGGGGUACUCAGCCUCUAGAGAAGAAGCAGGAAGAGCCUGUUUCAACCACUGAGACCCCUCAGAAACUCACCAAAGAUGAUUCCCCCUCCUCCCUGGAGAGCCCAGAGGAAGAGCAGCAACCAAAGCAAGAGACAGGAGCCUUUGCAUCCCAGAGGAAGGACAGCCCUGCAUCCUGUGCGUGCGAGGGAUCCUUCUGCUCUCCGGAACCAGGGGCCUCCAGUCUGCUCUCCACACAGGAUGCGAUGGUGCCAUGCAGGAAACGCACAUCAGAGACAGAACCAUCAGGGGAGAACCUUCUUUCUUCGAAACUGGAGCGAGCGUCUGCGGGUCCUAAGUCUUUCCACAGGUCAAGGCCAGGAAGACCUCAGAGCCUAAUCUUAUUCCCCAUCAUGGACCACCUACCCUCCUCAUCCACAAUGAUAGAUUCCAAGGUCCUGCUGUCCCCCAUCAGAAGCCCCACUCAGACAGUCUCCCCUGGCCUUCUCUGUGGAGAGUUGGCGGAAAACACGUGGGUCACAGCGGAAGGGGUUACGCUUAGGAAUAAGAUGACCAUCCCUAAGAAUGGCCAGAGACUAGAGACGUCAACAAGUUGUUUUUACCAGCCCCAGCGGAGAUCCGUGAUUCUGGAUGGAAGAAGUGGGAGGCAAAUAGAAUGAGACCAGUUGGCCCGAUGGCGUCUGCAAAAACGUCAGGUUCAUCUGGAGGUUAUUAUAGGACCAACUGGCCAUUUUUCCAGGCACAAGUUAUCUAAAUGGAGGCUUAUUUUGGCCUCUGACCACCCCCAUCUCCCACUUCCCCUGUCUCUCUCUGUCUUUGACCAUGCAUGAGUCCAUUUGUCAGAAGAAUGGUCAAGACAAGGACCAAAAAGUCAGAUUUAAGUAAGUCCACAGGAGCAAGUUGGGAAGGUUAGGCAAGGGAAGCGGAUGGAAUGCUCGCCUCCAGUGGAAAUUGGGGGUCGUCUGUGAGUCACAGCAUUUCUCUAUCACCACUGUCUGUUACUGUUCAGAGCUGGCUGUGUUAGUAUCCCUUGAAAGAAAGAACAAUCCUUUGCCUGAGUCAGAAAAAUAUCCCUGUUUCCACUGAAGGCUUCUUCGUGCUUUGUUAGGUUCUUUAAAGCAUGUGUUCUUUUAGACCAGUUUUCCGUAAGCUCUGUAAAAAUGUAUUACCCCCAAGUAGAAGCAGAUCUGAAAAUACAAACUAACAUGCACUUAAGGUAUCCAGGUGGGGGAACUUUCUUGCGCUCUCUCCCUGGGAUUGCUGCAAACCUGUCUGAGGUGAUCCAUGAACCACAGAGAAAGUCACAAUCAGUACUCAAGAGCAGAGCCCCAGAUUGGCACCACCCACAAACGCUUCCUGGUGCUGGCUUUGUGACUCCCUCCACCUGCCCUGGGCUGAACUCUGAUGAACAAAUCCAGCAGUUAAGGCGACUGAGGACUGCAAGUCAUAUAGUAUGGGAGAGGAAAGUCAUAUAGGUCUGCAGGAGUGACGUAUCUGCUUUCUUAAUAGUACCAGAAUCCAAAUGCCACAUGUCAUAAGGAAAAGCCUCAAAGAAAGGCACAACUUCAUAGGGCCCUGAUGUGUCUAAGUUGGCCAGGCAUCAGGGAGAAAAUUCUAGCUCAGCUUGACCAUCCAUCACUAAGCUGUCUGGACCCGGCAUGACAGGAGAGGGGGCAAUGAGGCGCCCCAGCAGUGGCUGUCACUGUCAUUCAUGGUCCUCAAAGGGGCGUUGCCUUUAGCCAGUGGCUCCCUUCCUUUCUCCUUCUCUCACUCAAGGGCAGAUUUGAGACACCUCUCUCUGUCUUAAUUCCCCUUCACCAUCCACCUGAGCAUGCAGACUUGCUCUUUGACAUUGUCUGGAAACAAACAGAUGCAGUAAACCAAUCUGGUGUUCCUUACACCUGCUGGAAGAUACCUGGUGCUUCCAUUAGAACGCUUAAUGGGGCACUUUUCAGACUCCAGCCUGGCUGAGCUCUGUCCAGAAGCUCAGUUUAGAGAAAGACUAGCAGCACCCGCGCGCUGACCCCAGUCAGUACUGGACUGGACUGGGUAGGGCUCAGCUGAAGUCAUCUCCAGUGGAACUGUGGAAGCCGCAGCACAGAUGUUAUGCCCUCCUUUUCUCCCUCGUUAACCUUAAGGAUCUGAAGUCCUGACCUAGCCCUUUAAGUAGGGCCUGGGCCAAGGCUAACUAGUAAGUCAGCUAAUGAGAGUGAGCCCCCGUGAGGGAGCGCAGGAGCAGUUACUAGGUCUUCAGCCUUUGCUUUCUCGGUAGGCGAGGAAACCACUGGACCAACAGCCAUGAGAUGUCAACCCACGAGAAGUCUUAGGACACAGCAGUCCCCCUAGUCAUAAAAGGUGAAGAAACAUGGUGUGGAGAGAUGAGAAAGGCCGUGUUCUGAAGACCUGAAAACGCAUCCCUGCCUUAGCAAGCUCUGAGCCAGGCUCAGCACACUCAUGGUAACGCCUUAGCAAAGACUCGUUCCAGUGGGACGUGAGAGGGAGAGAGCCAGGCACCGGAACACUGAAACUAAUUAAUUACUGUUUUAAAUUUUCUGAUAUGUCUAGGAUGUAUUUGUACUGGCAGGUAGACAGAAAAGCCGUCAUCUGUACACUAACAAAUGACUUCAAUCCCGAGGGCGGGUUCCUAAAAUGAUUGCCACGCUCCUUUAGAUACCAUUCAUUUGCUACACCACCUUCAGAAGGAUGGGCAUGUGCGUGUCCCCAUGACCCUCUGAUACUUAUUUGGAAAUCUUCCUUACUUCAAGUUUUCUUAGCCAGUCAACUCCAGAAGGGUUUGGGGUUUUCCCAUCUCAGAGUCCUGUUUCUGAAGUGGUCCUUUUUUGACGGUCUUACAGCUAUCAACUGUCACAUACAUAUUUAUACAUUUUGUGGGCUGGAUAAGCCUGCAUUGAUGAAACUCAUUCCAUGGCAAAGAACUUUUUCCUCAAGAUGCCCCGGGUCACCAUUUGGCCACCACCGGGGGCAGAAUGGCAAUCAGAGUACUUGCUUCCAUCCAGUGAAGUAGCAUUGCUGUCAGAACUGCUAUUAUGCCAAAAAGAGCAGGAGUCACUCUUCGGAGCAACUGCCAGUCCCCAACCCAGGGUAGCUCAUUUUCAAGACUGAAGUUCAAGCAAAAUGCUUACAUGUACCCUUUUUUUUUUGACAUAUUACUGUUGCUUAAGUCAAUGAUCCAUAUUUAUUUACAAAACAGUCCUCCCAAGAUGUCCCCCCC